CCCGGCCCGGCCUGGCCCGGCUCGGUGCGGUGCUUACCCCGCCCUCCGCUCUCCCUCCGCCCUGGGCAGCCCCCCCGAGGUCCCGCCAGGCCCCCGCGGGCUUUGUCCGCCGCCCGUCCCGGCUGUGCCCCCGGAACGGGAUGCAUUUAAGCUUGAAGGCCGUGGCUGUGACCAGCUCAGCUCCCCAGGAUGCCGCACAAGAUCGGUUUCACCGUGGUCAGUUCGUCAGGACACGAGGAUGGGUUCAGUGCUCGGGAGCUGAUGGUUCACGCGCCGACAGUGAGCGGGUGGCGAUCGCCCAGGCUCUGUCAGUACCCCCAGGAAAUCAUCCUGCAGUUGGUGGAGAGGUGUCGGAUCAGGAAGCUGCAGCUGCUCGCUCACCAGUACAUGAUUGCAAGCAAAAUUGAGUUCUACAUCAGUGAAAGUCUGCCUGAAUACUUUGCUCCCUAUCAGUCAGAGAGGUUUCAGAGACUUGGUUAUGUCCCUCUCUCAGACAAUGAGAAGACUGAUUUCAGAGCUCGAGAGUUGAAAUCUGUGUACAUGGAUGCAGUUGGCCAGUACCUGAAGCUGAUUUUCCAUAAAAAUUAUGUCAAUAAAUACAACUUAUAUGGGCAGGUUGCCCUGGUAGCUGUGAACAUCAUUGGGGAUCCAGCAGACUAUGGCAAUGACAGCAUGAGCAGUCCUUCCAGAGAGAAGCUGAUAGAUCACUACUUGGGAAUGAAAUCAGAUGACCCUGCCUUAGAUGGAACUUACCUUGGGAAACGUGACUCCAUUUCACCUCUGGACGAUUUGGCCUUUGACAUGUACCAGGACCCAGAAGUGGCUCAGAUAAUCCGGAGGCUGGAUGAGAAGAAGAGGGAAGCUGUGCGUCUCGAGUGCUACGACCAUGCCAAGAAGCUCAAACAGGCCAUUGCAGACUUGCAGAAGGUGGGCGAGCGGCUGGGCCGGUACGAGGUGGAGAAGCGUUACGCUGUAGAGAAGGAGGAUUAUGACCUUGCCAAGAAAAAGAAGGAGCAGAUGGAUGAGUACAGGCUGAAGGUAUACCAACAGCUGGAGCUGCACGACCUCCUGGAUGCACAGCUGAUCCGAAAAUCACUCGAGCUGCCUUUGAGAUCUGUGAGCGGCACUGAGAGCCCCCAGAGGUCCCCUCCUGAGCCUGCAGACCCACCCCAAGGAGAGCCCCACAGGGCAGAGCCUGUGCUGGAAGAGGAGUUGGUGGAUCCCACUUCUUCUGAGCCUGUUGUUUCCUACCAGUCCCUUCUCUCUCCUCGGACUCAACCCACAACCUCCAAGGAAGUGUUUUCCAAGGAAAAUAUUGAAUUUUUACCUUACGAUGAGAGACCUCUCCCAACCAUCUGCAAGCAGGUGGAUGAAGCUGUGUCCAGCUUUGAGCCAGAGGUGCCUGAAGAGGACAUGGGUGAUGCUCCAAGGACUGGCAAUGCUGGGGAACCCGAACCACUCAUGGAGAAGGCACUGAGGGAAGCCAGCCCUGUUGUGGAAGUUUUUGGAGAGGCUUUGGUUUCAGGAGCCUAUUCCAGAACUUGGUCAUGUCGAGAAGAUGCUUUGCUGACUGUGUACAAGAUGCUGAUGGAAGUGCCAGUGGACACUCCAAAGGAGGAUUUAAGGAACAUGCUGAGAGCUGCUGUUUUCCUUGUGAGGAGGGCCAUCAAAGACACCGUGUCUUCAGUUUUUCACGCUUCCCUGAAACUUCUAAAAAUGAUCAUUACCCAAUAUAUACCAAAACACAAACUAGGAAAGCUAGAAACUUCUCAUUGUGUGGAAAAAACCCUGCCACAUUUGCUUUCUAGAACAGGAGACUCUUCAUCCCGUCUUCGUCUUCAGGCUUCAGCCUUCAUCCAGGAAAUAGCACUGUGCACUGAAGUAAAACCUCUCCAGAUUAUUCCAGUCCACCUGGUUAAACCAUUGAAACCAAACUCCCCAACACACCUGGCAAUGAGUCACGUGGAAUUGGUGGAAUCUCUCUUGGAAGCCAUGGGGACUGAAAACUCUGGGUUUACUGUCAACAAUGUCAUGAAGUUUGCCAGGGAGGCUCUGGAGCACAGGGCCCACGAGGUGCGUGAGGUGGUGCUGCGGAUCAUCUUUGCCAUGUACAGGGAGCACAGGGCAGCCGUGCUGGAGUUCUUCCCUCUGGACGAUGCCGGCGCCCGCAAGACCAUGCGCUACAAAACGCUCCUUGAGGGGUUUGCCAAAAUCGAUGGGAAAUCUUCUGGAACUGAAGUGAGGGCACAGAGAAAAGCAGCAACAGAAGCAGAGAAACGGAAGAGUGAAGAAAUGAAAGUUCUAAAAGGCCACCCAGCAGCUCUAAAGUUAGAGUUAGAAGCAGAGGUUGAAGCUGAAGAGGAGAAAGAAUCUGAUUUUCCAAAGCCAGAGAAUCAAGAUUACCAGGUAUAUGAAAGCCCCCGGGCUACAGCAGCAGAGAUUCAGGAGGAACUUUCCUCUGUUGCAAAUUACCUGGAUAACUUGUGUAUUUUUUGUGGUGAAAGGAGCGAGUCCUUCACAGAGGAAGGGUUGGAUCUGCAUUACUGGAAGCACUGUGCCAUGUUAACCCGAUGUGAGCACUGCAAACAGAUGCUGGAGAUUGCCAGCCUGACGGAGCACCUGCUGAGUGACUGUGACAAAAGGGACAGCUUUGGGAAGUGCCCACGCUGCAGAGAGGCUGUGCCCAAGGACGAGCUGCCCAGACACAUAAAGAGCAGGAUUUGCCAUCCUGCCAAACCAGAAAAUGUGGCAAACCAUUGCCCUUUGUGCCAUGAGAACUUUCCCCCUGGAGAAGAGGCCUGGAGAUGUCACCUGAUGGACAAAGAUGGCUGUAAAAUGAACCAACGGAGGACAUCCUGCAUGAACAAAACCAUUCUGGUGCAACCUGCCAAAAUAGGUGGUCACUAUUUAAAGAAAUCGAAUCCUUCAGGAGCAAAGUUGCAACCUCCUUCAAUAGGAAGCAAGAUCAGAGCCCGAGGGGGCUCAAAUAAAAGCACUGGCAAAACAUACUCAAAGCGAUGACAGGACAAGUAUUUCUUCCUUUGUCUGAGUAACUGGGCACGUGGCUGUUCAGAGCUGUUUCAAAAUUGUGGGCAACUUGUAUCAUAUUUUGUGUGGGCUGUUUUUAGCCUUGUGCCUGGUGUGAUCCCCACGCUGUCACUGCAGCACCAGGCUUUGCUCCUAGGAAUGCUCAUGUUGGAAAUACCAAAUGUUCUGGACAAAACCAUUAUUUUGACAGAUAACUGCUCUCUUUUCCAAUCCCAUGUCUGUAAUUUAAUGGGUUCAAGCACAUUAAUUAUGUCAGGGGAGAAUAAUCUCUUCCCUAAGUGCUUGAGGAACAGGAGCCACAUGUGGGGGAAGCCUGGCCUCGUGUGUAUGUCAGAUUUAGGGUUCUAAAGGCAGCAGAGCUGUACCCAAAGCACAGCUCAAUCCCAGGAAUUAGCACCAAAUGGAAAAGCCCAG